AUGGACAGUAGCAUCAGCGAAGAGGAAGAAGAAGACAAGAAACACUUUUCGGCGUUCAGCAAGUUUGACGAAAGUAUUGAAGUGAGAAACGCCGAGGAAAUAAAAAGUCCUGUUAGUGGGAAAGCAAAACUAGUGAGGAAAAACUCUAAAGGUGUUUCCAACUCUUUUGAGACUGACGAAAUGGAAAUUCAAUCGUCGAAUGACAAACGGAGUUUCAGAAGGUUUUCUAACCAUGAAACUUCGUUUGAAAAACCUGUAAGACCCAUGGAAAGUGACCCGUCAGACAGUGAUGAAACUGAUGAUGAUGAUAUUGAAGGUACUAAUGUCAAAAAACCGAUAGAACUUUACAAUCCAAAGGAAUUUGAAAACCUUGAAGCUUCUGCUGAAGUCAAAGAAUUAUUUCAAAAUAUUAUGAGAUACACACCCCAAAAAAUUGAGCUAAAUUACAAGCUAGCUCCCUACAUAAUGGAAUUCAUACCAGCGGUUGGUGAUAUCGACGCCUUUAUAAAGGUACCAAGACCCGACGGGGUUGCUGAUAAGGUCGGAUUAACGGUGCUGGAUGAGCCAUGCGCUAAUCAAUCGGAGCCAGCAGUCCUGCAUUUGCAGCUGCGGAGCCAGAGCAAGAGCGCGGAUUCCCGAAAAGCAACGGUGAUAAAACGCGUUGAAGACCCGGAAAAGUAUCCUAAGUCGAUUGAGAGGUGGAUCGAGGACAUGGGUCUCCUUCACAGGAGCAAACACUUGCCUGCAGUGAGACUGACCAGCCCGAUGCCUGACAUUGACGCCCUGAUUCAGCAGUGGCCUCCGGAUAUCGAGGACAAACUCAGCGAGGCUCAGCUCGACUUUUCCACCCUCGACUGCGAGUUACCCCAGCUUGUUGACAUCGUUUGUAAUUUACUCGACAUUCCUGUCAAGCCUGAGAUCAGACUGGAGUCUCUGCAUACGCUUUUUACUUUGUUUCUGGAGGUCAGAGAGUUUAAUAAAGACCGCGGGGGUUUUUAG